GAUUAAGAAAAGGUAAUACGGCAGGAGAUAUGAGCCGUGGAUUUAUUCGGGUCGCUACUGCUUUUAUUAUGAGGAGCACAAAUAAAGGAGAUAAUGGGAAGCAAGUAUAGAGAGAUAGAAGAAAGAAAGAGAGAGAAGGAAGCGGAAGCAAUUAGAGAGAUGGAUAGAAAUAGGGAAGCUAGACGAGUACCCAUGGCGGCUGCCGGAAAUGGCCUGUCACGGCGGAGGCAUAGAGCCGGAAGCUUCAGAGAUUCUCCAGAGGAGGAUGUUCCGGUGGAGUUACCGGAGGCGGCGAGGCUGAGAGAUCGAGGAGGGAGUACGAAGAAGGAACGAGAUCGGGAACGUGACAGAGACCGUGAGAGGGAAAGAGAACGGGAUAAUAGAGAGCGAGAUCGGUUACAUAACCGGAGCAAAAGACGGAGAGGAGAACGGUUAGUGAUGGUUCACGGCGACGACGGCGGUGACGACAGCUCGGAAGAGAGUGUCAACGACGAUGAAGAAUAUGACGACGGCGGAGGAGGAGGCGUCGGACCACCGUCCUCGUUAAAGAUGCUUCCUCCUUCUAGCAAUAUCUCCGCCGCUUCUUUUUCAUCGUCUCUUUCAAAUCACCACCACCACCACCACCACAGCCACAACCACCAGAGAAAAAACUUUCCGCCAACGUCGAAAGUCUUCAGAUCGCCUCCUUCUCCGGCGCCGGUGACACCUAUCGUCUCGUCGUGGAAGGCCGCCGAUGAGAUGAUCGGUGUAGCCGUUCCUAGAAAAGCUCGGUCAGGUAGAGAGCUUGUACAAAGAGACCGCAUGAAUCAUGGGCAUCAAGUGCUAGCGGCGGUGGUGUUUUUGCUUCCGGAGAGCAAAUCCACCGCCAAGUGUCUCCGGCUUCUAAUUUAGCGUCUCCCUCUCCUCCCGCUCCUACAUCUCCGUCUUCAUCUAACGUCUCUGCACGGAAAAAGAUGCCGUCGGGGA